AUGGAAGAAGGUCGUUAUCAUUAUCAUCAUCAUCAUGGCCAUGAUACAAGCAGUACAAAUGAAGGACGUGGGAGUCAACAAGAAUUAAAUUCUCAAAGUCAAACUAAUGAACAACAACAACGAUAUGUUAAUCAACCAGGUCCUGCGCCUAUUAUAGUACCAAGAUUAAAUGAACAACCAAAUUCGAGUGGUGUUCAAGCAACAGGUUCAUUUCAUUCCGUUUCAAGUAUUGAUUCAUCAGCUGAAAUGGCAAGAUAUUUUCCUGAUCCACAAACACCUACAUUAGCACCAUUAAGAUACAAUCCACUGAGUGGAAGUCAACAAUUACAAACAACAGCUACAUCUUCAACAUUAAAUAAUAAUACAGGUCCGUAUGCACCUUUACCUGUUCCUACAGUGGCACAACCAUCGGUACGUCAACAACAAAUCAGAGCACCAGUUCAUAUGCCACAACAACGAUCAACACAAGGACCAGCUGCACCUCAACUUCCGCCAGGUAUUCCAAGUUAUUCAUCUCAAAUAGAAGGAUUAUCAGUUUCUCAAGCUAUUGUCAAUGAUGUCAUCGUUGAUUUACAAUCAAAAGUAAUCAAUGAAACUCAACAACAAUAUAAUAAUGAGUCAGCAAAUGGAAGUUUUCUUGAAACACUUUCACCAAUUUAUAUUCGAGCACCAAAUCCAACUAUAAUUCUUCGAUCGGAUCUUCAUCGUCUUCGUGCUCAACUUGCCGCUCGUCCACCAACUGUAGUCCGUCCAGCUGGAGGUAUGAAUCAACUUCAACAAAAUACAUUUCAAGUUCCCAGUUUUCCACCUCCUCCGCAACAACAUAUUCCUCCAGAUAAUAGACGAUAUCGACAGGACAAGAACAUUCGGGCUAAACAAAAAAAAUCAGUUGGAUAA